UUUAUUAUUCGUGUGGAACAAUUGUCAAUUAUUGUCAAAAAACAUUGGGCCACGCUGUUCUUUAAAAUCCGUGGACAUGUCAUGAAAUGAAACGCUUGCUGUUUAUUCUAUGCACUCGGUAACUCCUUGAAAGUUACUUCGUUGUGUACGAUUUGCAACGUACUCUGAGCUUAUUAAUUGUGCCAUACGCUUAAGUGAUAUUGUGAGUGUCAGGUUGGUGUGAGAUUGAGUUUUCUGCUAUUUUGUAAUUUUUGAAUCUAGCUGACAACCCUCAGUGGUUAAUCCGAAGAACACAUUUAGGUCACCGUGAAGAAAACUAGUAUAGCAAAGAUGGCUGCAAAUUUAGAUGAAGAACAGAGCCUCCGAGAAUGUGAAGCAUACGUCCAAAGACACAAUAUUCAGCAAGUGUUGAAGGAUUGCAUUGUUCAGUUGUGUGUCAGCAGGCCGGAAAAUCCUAUUUCAUUUCUACGGGAGUAUUUUCAGAAGUUGGAGCGGGAGCAGGCCCACGAUGCCAAGCAGCAGGCCGCCUCCCCCGAGGACACCGAGGACCUCUCCCCGCUGCCCUCGGCGGCGCAGCAGCCGGCUCGGCGCCGCGGCGGCAUCUCGGCCGAGCCCGUCACGGAGGAGGACGCCACCAGCUACGUGAAGAAAGUUGUGCCAAAGGAUUAUAAGACUAUGGCAGCCUUAUCAAAGGCCAUUGCCAAGAAUGUUCUUUUUUCACAUCUUGAUGAAAAUGAGCGCUCAGAUAUAUUCGAUGCAAUGUUUCCAGUAAAUUUUAUGCCAGGUGAAACAAUAAUACAGCAAGGAGAUGAGGGUGACAACUUCUAUGUAAUUGAUCAAGGGGAAGUGGAGGUAUUUGUUAACUCGGAUAUGGUUACAACUAUUGGUGAGGGAGGAAGUUUUGGCGAAUUAGCUCUUAUAUAUGGCACUCCUCGGGCUGCAACUGUUCGAGCCAAGACUGAUGUGAAGUUAUGGGGAAUUGAUAGAGAUUCAUACAGAAGAAUUCUUAUGGGCUCCACUAUACGCAAGCGAAAGAUGUAUGAAGAAUUUUUAUCUCGAGUGUCUAUACUAGAGAACCUGGACAAGUGGGAGAGACUCACUGUGGCUGAUGCUUUGGAACCUGUGUCCUUUGAUGACCGUGAAACAAUUGUUAGGCAAGGAGAACCUGGUGAUGAUUUCUACAUAAUUGUAGAAGGCACUGCUUUGGUAUUGCAGUAUAGAGCUGAAGGAGAAGAGCCAAUGGAAGUUGGAAGACUUGGCCCAUCUGAUUACUUUGGUGAAAUUGCUCUUCUCUUGGACCGACCAAGAGCUGCAACAGUUGUGGCCAAAGGUCAAUUGAAGUGUGUCAAACUGGACCGAGCAAGAUUUGAGCGUGUGCUGGGAUUGUGUGCAGACAUCUUGAAAAGGAACAUCACCCAAUACAACAGCUUUGUGUCACUUUCCGUGUAAUUUAGGAGAACGCCUUACAGUAUAAUUUGUGCAAGUACCUACGUACUUAGCUUCUCAACCAUUGAAUUAGGCUUCCUUGCUUUCAAAAUUCAGCCGUUAAGAUGCCAGCCGCCAGAUCUCACAAAUGAACCAAGGGGGAAAAUGAGUAGAUUAGAAUUGUGAGGAUGCAGCUUGCCUUGUGUGAACAGGUUUGAGAAAUACUAUUUUAAAGCUACAUGUUGGGGAAAAGAUAUCAAGAUUAUAUUAAUGUCUUUGUUGUGUAUUUGUUUGAUCAGGAAUAGAAGUUUAUCCUAGUAAGAAUGUUUUAUUCUACACUGCGUAUUUGAAUCUAGGAUCUGUUCAAUUCCAUUUCUGGAUAUUUUAACAAUUUUUUUCUGUGUGUGCGUGUGUGUAUUCAUGUAUUUUCCUGUGUCAAAAAUAGAUUUGCAAUCUCAAUUCCCUUGUUCCCUUGCUGUAUUUGUGAACAUUCUUGAUCAUUGUUCUUGGUUGUUAUAUGACCAUAUAAUGCAGUGUGUGCUGGAAAGGAGAUAUUUUACAAUGCAUUAGGCUAGUCUCGAUAUGUUUUGUUUCAAUCAACUACAUAUGUGAAAACAUUGAGAGUUUAUCACUUUGUUGGAUGUUAUGAAAGGUACUUUAAUGUUCAGUUAUUGUUGUAACCUGGGAUAGGUUAAUUUUUAUGUUUACAAUUUUCUCAGUAAGGAACUGGAUGUUCAGAAUAAUCUUCUAACAAGAAAAAGAAAAUUAACUAUAUUUAUUACUAAACUAGAAAAAUAUGUACAUACAAACAGGAUAUGAGUGAAUAUUGAAAAUAUUCAAUAAAGUUCUGAAGUGUAUAGACAUUCUUUUUCCAUUACAUGAACACCUUUUUUCCUGAAAGCCGAGAAAAGCAUUUGAUGCUGAAAAACAUUUUACCUACAAAUUUUUAAGGUUCUUUACACCCCUAUAAUUGAGAAGAAAGUUCUCAUUUCUUCACUUGCAAAAUAAUUGAGUGUAUUUCCAGCACCAUCCAUUCUGUGUUCUGCAGUUCCUGUUGCAGGUAAUAAUUAUUUAAAACUUUCGUUGAGUUAUAUAGUUCUAGCAGAAAUUAUCUAAUUGCCUAUUUCAUUAUUUUAUCAAAAAAAUGUAUUAGAGAUACAUAUUGUAGAUUCUAGCAUUCAGUGAGGAUCACAAUAUUUUAAAUCUCUCAAAUUUUACAAUUGCUACAUUAAGCGAGACAAUUAUUCAUGCUUGAUACACCUUGUUUAUUCAAAAUAUUAAGUACUUCUUAAUUUCGAUAGGCUUCUUUCUUGUGGACUUGGUGACAAAAUAAAUCAAAAUAUAUGUGCUUUGGAAACAGUCUUAAUUAUGGAUGAUUGAGUAUUUGAGCAGUUUUAUUCACAGGUGAGGCAUUAGUGUGGUGAGAACACAUUAAUUUUUUUCGACAUGAAUUAUUUCAGCACGUUAUUCAGUCUUACUCUAGAACAUUAAUUAAUUUAAAACAAAUAAAUUAUAUAUAGUAUAUCCUAGAAUCAAAUUCAAUUGGUGCAGUAGACUC